AUGCUGGAAAUUGGCCUUGAGCAUCCUCGAUUAGCGGCGCUGGUCGCUCUAAUCACGGGGUACAUUCUCUAUUCAACGUUUUUCGACCCCCUUCGCAACAUCCCCGGCCCGUUUCUUGCGCGGCGUCUUCCAGGAUGGCUUGCCUACCAAGCAUUCACCUGCAACACCGAGACGGCCAUUCUCGAAGUCCACGCAAAAUAUGGUGAUGUCGUCCGCGUGGGGCCCAACACUGUCCUUGCCGGAAGUGCUGAAGCUGUCCCAAAAGUCCUCGGGUACGGUGAACACUACCUCGAUAAAGGCUCAGAUUACAAUGCAUUGGUUUUCCAUACGCCUUCGAUCUUCAGUGAAGUGGACAAGUCGAUUCAUUCCCGAAAGCGUCGGAUUGCCGCUCAUGCCUACAGUAUGCAGAGCUUGAUGAGGAUGGAAGACCUCGUCCUCGAGAAUGUUGCCAUAUUCCUCCACCAAAUGGAUCAGUUUGCCCGAAGUGGAGAGACGAUGGACGCAGCAGAGUGGUUCAAGUUCUAUGCUUUCGAUGUGAUUGGAGACCUGGCUUUUGGAAAGAGCUUUGGCCUGCUCAAACGAGGAGUGACAGGUGAAUUUGUCACACAUAUCUCCAGUGGGGUCGAGUACACGUUCGUUCUGUUUCUUUUGCCAUCUCUUCUACGGCCACUGAGCCGAUUUCUGGUCAAAUGGCUUCCAAUCCCCCUGUUCCGCGAGCUGAACCACGGUUUCGCCUACGUGAAAAAGGAAACGGCCCAACUCGUACAGGAACGCUGGGAAAAGAGAGAUGAUGCUUCGCCGCAACGGGGUGAUAUUCUCGGUGCUCUCAUUGAAGCCACCAACCCUGUCACGAAAGAGCGACUGGGAUUCGGAGAUCUGGCCACCAAUGCAUCGACCAAUAUUGUCGCUGGCUCAGAUACCAUUACUAUCUCCCUCACAGGGAUCCUCUAUCGCCUGCUCCGGAACCCAGAUAAGGCUGCCAAAUUGGUAGCGGAGGUCCGUCGACCCUCACUGGGCGAUUCAACCUCGUUUAAGGAUGUUCAGAAAUUGCCAUACCUAGACGGUUGCAUAAAAGAAGGUAUGCGCCUUACGACACCCUUCGCUGGCCCUCUCCCACGGAUCUCUCCCAGAAAGGGUUUCGAAGUCGCCAAGCAUUAUAUUCCUCCAGGUACCAUUGUCAACGUUAUGCAAUGCCAAAUACAUAUGGAUGAGCGAAUCUUUCCCGAACCCCAUACGUUCCAGCCUGAACGGUGGUUUGAAGACUCUGGUGGAAGGGACCUAGACAAGUAUUUUCUGGGCUUUAGCACCGGUCCUCGAUCGUGCAUUGGCAAAAACAUUGCGAUUCUCGAAAUGAAGCUGUUGUUGUAUUCUCUGUUCAGGCGCUACGAUUUGUCCUUGUCUCCAACGACCUCGAAUCUUCGAUGCCUGCGUCUCCUGGUCACGAAACCAUUGAGUCCGGUGUUGGUUAACAUAAGGCCCGCUGCGCCUGUCGAGUGA